AUGCAUUACACUGGAAAAAAUAUAUCAUCAACCAUUAUACGGUUAUAUUUAUUAUGGUGUGCUGUUUCAACUUCUGAUGGUAAUGGCGAUUUAAUGUUUGACAAAUGGCAAAGCCUUUUAAAUCACUUGGUCAGUCAGCAUACAGAUCACUCAAAUUCGCUGUUUUCCUCAAGUUUACAUAGCAUUGAAUACAAUACAGAUAAUAAAGAUUGGUUUGAGCCUGAAUAUAUUGACCUUUUUUUUUUCUACAUUAAUGCUUUACAGGAACAGACUAUUAUGAAGGUGUUUGCAAAAUCUUACAAUAUCAAAUUGGAAAAGGAUAUAAAAAAGGUAUCUCCAAUAUACCAAACAGCUGCUCUGGAAUCAUUCCACAGUCUUGUAAUAAAAUUUGCACCAAAGCACACUGCUUUUUCUUAUUUAGGAAUGCAAAGCAGACUCCACAUUGCAGCCAUGCACUACAAUGAAAAUUGUGGAGAGGAAACUGAUGACACAGAUGAGGAAGGAAAUGUAUGAUGUAGUAUCUUUUUUCCAAAAUGCAAAAAAGGAGACUACAGCAUCAAAAAAC